AUGUCGGCCCCUUACCACGGCUCAUGCCUCUGUGACGGAGUUCGCUUUACCGUCUCUUCAGGCCCCAUGGGCAUUACCGAAUGCUACUGUGGGCACUGCCGCAAAGGGUCGGGCGGAAACAGCCAGAUUAUGGCCGUGUUCGCGGGAAAGGAUGUCACGUUUGAGUCCGGCCAGGAUCGCGUCGCAACAUACACCUUCACCAACACCACGAGCGGCAAGGGCAAGGACAAGACCUUCUGCAAGACAUGCGGAGCCCAGCUCUGGACCGUUCCAGACGCCGCGAAAAGCAGCAAUCUGCUUUUGAUCAGAACCAGUCUUCUCGACGAAGGGUUGGAGAUGAAGCCUGAUAACGCGAUCUUCACCCGGACACGGCCGGCGUGGGUUCCGGCGAUCGAGGGCGUCGAGAAUCACGAGGCUGCACCUUGA